AUGGUGCGCCUUCGUCGAACGCCCCUCGCGGUGCUGGCAGUGCUGUUGCUAUCAGCCGCCAGCGUGUCCGCCUCCCGCGAGCUGCUGCAGCUGGGCCUCGGCAAGGGCAAGGGCAAGGGCGCCGUCCCCGUCCAGCCGCUCUCCAUCGUGAGCAACGCGGCGUACGUGCAGCCGACACUGCUGCCGAUGUCCAACGAGCCCGUCUACCAGCCGGCCGCGGUGCUGCCUCUCGACCAGAUCGUGAGACCCGCCCUCGCCGCGUCGCGCCGCCGCCACCUUUCCGACGACCCCACUGCCUCUGCCGCUUCCGCCGCCGCCGCCGCUGCUGUCGCCGCCGCGGCCGCCGCGUUUUAA